AUGUCUACGACUCAAGUCGAGGCAUCAACCUCGAGUGCAGGGGCUCGAACAACUAGGAGUUCUAGGACUCUUUCAAUUUCGGAAGAGCUCUGCGAUGCUGGAGGCCAACAACACCAGUCGAAUGCGAUGAAUAGCGGCGGGGUCGUCUUGAUGAAGCCGGGAGUCGAGCGAGGAAAGCCACAAUCAAAAGUGGGAUUUCUUGUCUCGUCGACCAGCAGGGAGAAGAAACCGCCAAGGACGCGAGACAAAAGGAAAGAGAAGGCGACUGUCACGACAUCGAGAUCGCCGACCACCCACCUGGUGGAUUUCUCGGCGUCGACGAAGGAGGAAGGCAGCGGCGUUUCCCUCUUCUCGAUCGGGCAGGCGAUGACGGAGAAUGAGAGGAAUAAGAAGAUGAUCGACGCAGAGAUGGAGAAAGGUUCGACGACGUCUCUCCUCGUGUCGUCGAUGAGCAGGGAGAGGAGUCGGAGGACGGAGCCAGAAGCGCAGCAGCACCCUCGCCGCCGGAUUGUUUGCACGCCGCCGGAAAAGAAGGCGAAGGGUUCACCGAGGAAGAAGGAGCUCUUGGGAGGCGGUGGGUUUCCUUCUCCAGCAACCCUAGGUCUCGCCACUAAGCAGCCAGAACCAGUGGGCCGAGCUGUGGUUUGGGUUGGUGGGCUCGAGUUGGCUGGAUUGGAUCAGCAAGGCGGGCCGAAAGAAACCAAUCGGAGUGGGCCAGACAAGACAUAA